AGUCACUACAGUUUCUAAAAAAAUCGAGCCCCUAUCUUGGGCAACAGCCAAUAGUAAUAAGCCGCUGUUGAACAUUAAUACCGGUAUUAGUGGAAAGACAUUGAGUCUCAACUAACCGGCCCGGAUUAUCAGAACAAGGUGUAUUCGCUUAAGAACUUCUGGAAACUCUAAAGCAACGGUGAUUAGGAUGUGAUAUAACAACGAACCAGAAGACGCACACUCAAGGACUCAAACAUCAAAGCGAAUCCAUAGCCCGAAAAAACAAAUAACUACACAGAAAUCUUAAAAGAUGAAGGGCACACUGAAUGCCAGCUUCAUCGAAGCAACAGCCGUGGAGGCUACGCAACCAAUAUUAGCAAUACUGCUGGUCAUAAUAAUCGUUGUCUCAGCCGUUGCAAACACGCUCAUCAUGCUCGGGAUCUAUUCGGAUUCUCGAAUGCAGACGCCGACAAACACGCUCAUUCUGAGCCAAAGUGUUGCCGACUUGGGCACCACGGUAUUCGUGAUUCCUUGUGCGUUGAUUUCUGUCGCUUGUGGCGGAUGGCGACUUGGAGAUAUUAUGUGCGCUGUUAAUGCGUUCCUGAACAUGUACUUGACGGCUAUCACAGUACUAAACUUAACGGUUAUCGGAAUAGAUCGGUAUUUUGCGAUUGUUCACCCGGCCCAUCAUAAAAUCAGCCGGAAAAAAGCUAUAUACGUUGUGGUAUUUGUGUGGGCUUUAGCGCUUCUUCCCGGCCUGCCACUUCUGGCACUGCUCAGCGACAAAGUUAUCCUUGUUUACUUUCCAGGUUUUUUUGUAUGCGGACAAGAAUUUCUUUAUCCUACUGGUCAAAUAGAACUGGGAGUUAUAAUCUUGAUUUGUACCCUAUUCGUGGCAAUUCCUCUACUUGUUAUCUUGUUCUGUUUCAAGAAAAUAUUUCGAGUUACUCGCGACAAAAAGCACAGGAUUUGCCCAUGCGCUAUGUCAAAUGCACAAAAGAUCGCCAUUCAAGUCUACGCCAAGUCAGCUUACACCUCCAUGUACGUCAUCAUUACCAGUCUUCUUCAAGUUUUCCCGGCAUGCUUUACGAUGUUAUUGGUAGGCUUCCAGGCCAUCACGAUCCCAGAGGGCUUGGCUUCGACGUUUAAGAUAGUCAUGUGGAGUCAUUGCUUCGUCAAACCAAUCAUUUAUGCCGCCAGACAGCGAUACUUUUCUCGGAGAAUCUUGAACUUCUAUAAAUCACCGUGCUGUCGGGGGAUGAGGGCUAGGAGCUUCUUUGAUAGAUGCAUUCUUAUCCGAAUUAAGCAUCAAAGUCACGAAUGCGAGUCUAGGAAGACAUCGCUAAAUGGGCGCUUUCCACAAACCAGUAGAAAUAGAUCAAUAUCUGUUAAUUUGAAGUCCAUGCUCGAGGUGACGCGAAGACAAUCAAACGACAGUAAAUUAAGAGAUUUUUCAGAAAUUUGAGACAAAUUUUACUCGUUUUCAAGAUAAUUAUCUAUGAUGUUUGUUUGUUUCUUUUCUUAUUCAUUUUUUUAUCAAUUCAUUUAUUUAUCUAUCUGUUUAUUAUCUAUCAUAUUGCAGCGGGUUAAAUAAACCAAUCAUUCUUUU